CAGAGAUGAUAUUUAUUAAAGUUGCCCCUUGAGCUGAUUCAAACUGAUGCUGAAGAGGUCAAACAUGAGAGCUGGGCUCCUGUGGAUGCUGCUGGUGUGUUUGAGUGAUGAACAAGUCAGUCCUCAAAACUGCAAAGAUGUUACUCUGGUCACAGUGUCAAAACUGAGUAACAUGUCCGUCUCCUGUCCACCUGUACUGGACAAUGUCUCAGAGCUGAGGUACGUGCUCUUCUUCGAGAGGAAACGUAUCAACCAAAUAAAGCUGAUUAAGAAAGGUCAUUCUGGAGACAGUUUGUUCUCUGGUGUGUUUGAAGUCAUAGCCAACAGUAGUGGGGUGUAUGUCUGCCAAAGAGAGGUGCUUGAACCUCCACCAUAUCGUGAAGAGUGUUACAGCAUGGAGGUGAUGAUAAAAGAAGCACAGCCUUUGCCACUGGUCAACGGGACAGUCCUAAACACCGAUGUCAGCUGUUCUCCAUCAAUCCCAGAGAUGAUCUGGUGGGCAGCAUCUGGUGUCGUGUUACUCUACAGCCUGUUGGUCCAAGCCAUCGCUAUAGUUUUAUGGAGGAAGCUAAAAAAGAGAAAAGAGAAUGAAGAUGCAAAGAUAUAUAUGAACAUAAGACCUGGACCCGUCAAAAGCUCCUGCAAAACCUGAUGAAAGCUCACCACAGUUCCACUAGAUCAGGGGUGUCAAACUCAUUCUAGUUCAGGGGCCACAUUCAGCUAAAUUUGGUCUGAAAUGGGCCAGUAAAAUAAUAACAUAAUAAUAUAUAAAUGU